UCUGGGACUCACUCACAUAUGAAAAUAAGAAACUCUGACUAAAGCAUUGUUAGUACAAAACAAAAACACAGAACGACUUUGUAUUAUUGAUUUGUUUUUUGCCUAUGAUCAUCCUAUGUUCUUCUUCUUCUUCCACCUUCCUUGGUCCUUCCUCUCUCUCUUUUUUCUUGUUGUUUAACAUUUUCAUUAUAUUAGCAGACAUUACACCGCCUAAACUUUAUCUGCCCGAGAAUUUCAAGUUGCUUGUUCCACAAGAACACGAGCUCUGUCUGCCCUAGAAUUUUCAAGCUGCUUUUAUUUCUCUAAACUAGGUUUUUUUUUUAAUCUAAAAUGGGUAAUUGCUUAGACUCAUCAGCUAAAGUGGAUAACAGCAGCCACAAUUCUGCUUCCUCGGCCUCAAAAGUUUCGAGCAACAACACAAGCCGUUCCACAGUUCCUUUAAGCACAAGUUCUUACAGCACGGGAAACAGUAGUUUAGGAUCAUUACCUACGCAGCACAGGACAGAAGGAGAGAUACUUUCAUCGCCAAACCUAAAAGCUUUCUCUUUCAACGAACUAAAGAACGCAACCAAGAACUUUCGUCAUGAUAGUCUACUAGGAGAAGGAGGUUUCGGUUGCGUAUUCAAAGGAUGGAUCGAUGAAACAACCCUCGCUGCUUCACGACCUGGUUCCGGUAUCGUUGUUGCUGUUAAGAAGCUCAAACCUGAAGGCUUUCAAGGUCAUAAAGAGUGGUUGACGGAAGUAAACUAUCUUGGUCAGCUUACUCACCCAAAUCUUGUAUUACUGAUUGGGUACUGCGCGGAAGGAGAAAACCGGCUUCUUGUAUAUGAGUUCAUGCCUAAAGGAAGCUUGGAGAAUCAUCUUUUUAGACGUGGGGCGCAGCCACUUACAUGGGCAAUAAGGAUGAAAGUAGCAGUAGGUGCAGCUAAAGGGCUUGCUUUUCUUCAUGAAGCAAAGUCACAAGUCAUAUAUAGAGACUUCAAAGCUGCUAACAUUCUACUAGACUCUGAGUUCAAUGCUAAGCUUUCGGAUUUCGGUUUGGCGAAAGCAGGUCCUACUGGUGAUGCAACACAUGUGUCCACAAAUGUCAUGGGUACUCAGGGCUAUGCAGCUCCUGAAUAUGUCGCCACUGGUAGAUUGACGGCGAAGAGUGAUGUGUACAGCUUCGGCGUGGUACUACUAGAACUAAUAUCAGGACGACGUGCCAUGGACACUUCAAACGGUGGAGUCGAGUAUAGUCUUGUGGACUGGGCUAAACCAUACCUUGACGAUAAGCGUAAGCUUUUUCGCGUAAUGGACACAAAACUAGGCGGGCAGUAUCCACACAAGGGAGCUUACGCAGCUGCUAGUCUCGCGCUGCAGUGCUUAAACCCCGAGGCAAAGCUCAGGCCUAAAAUGUCAGUGGUUUUGUCCACGUUAGAACAGAUAGAAGCCGCUGCUAAACCUGGAGCCAAACACACUCAAAUGGAAGAAUCUCCAAGAGCUCGUCAUUCCUCUGCUGUAAUGCAGAAAUCUCCGGUUAGAAGAUAUAGUCAAGAUCGGCCUCUGCUGAACGUAACUCCUGGUGCAUCGCCUUUGCCUUCUUACACUCAAUCUCCUCGUGUAAGAUGAAAGUAAAUAGCUUUUUGUAUUUGUAGUGUAUGUUGCAGUGCAGGCUAUGUAUACAGAGAAGAACUAUUUACUCAAACC